GUCCCUAACCUAAUACAUCUCAAAUUCCCAAUCUCAUUUCAGAACGCCGCACCUUCCCUCAAAUCCUCCCCGCCCCGCAACUUCCCUCAAAUCCUCCCCGCCGUCCCCAUAUCUUCCGAGUUCCGACCCUACACGGCUACACCCCUAGGCCCUAGCCGCUACUCCUCCGUUGCUCACCAGUCGUCCGUCGAUCGGUGCUCCUCCGUCGGUCGCUGCUCCUCCGUCCAGUCAAGGAGCUCGUCAUCACCGGUUGUCGACUCGCACGGUCGCACCAGUCGUCCGUCUCUCGCUGCUCCUCCGACCUCCGUCGCGCUCCUCCGUCCUCGCUGCACCUCCGUCGUCGCUGCUCCUCCGUCCUCAUUGAUCCUCCAUAGUCGCUGCCAUCUUGGCUCAUCAAGACAAGCCAAGAAAUGGACCCAAGCUGGCCGGGCAGCCAUUGUUCAUCCACCAGACUUGACAUAUCGUCUCCUUAGAACUCAAAGGAUGGAGAAGUACGAGCCUAUAGAACAGAUACUGUUCAAAAUAAGGUCGUGCCUUAAGAAGCUGUAG